AUGCCCUCGACACUGACCUGUCUCUGGGGCGGCGCCAACUCGCCCUGCGCCCUAACCUUCGACACCCCCGAAGACCUCUACACACACCUCACAGAAUCCCACGUCGGCCGCAAAUCAACAAACAACCUCAAUCUAACCUGCGCCUGGGACACCUGUUCCACGAUCUGUGCGAAACGGGAUCACAUCACCUCGCACCUCCGCGUGCACGUUCCGUUGAAGCCGCAUGGGUGUAGGCUGUGCGGGAAGAGUUUUAAGAGGCCGCAGGAUUUGAAGAAGCAUGUUAAGACGCAU